AUGAAUAUUGUGAAAAUUGCAGUAGUUGGUGAUUCUGUAGUCGGAAAAACGUGCUUGAUUUAUCGGUAUUGCCACGACAUAUUUUUGGAACAGGAUAAUUCACUGAAUAUUGACAAAGAAGAAACAGAAGUUACUAUAGACGGGACAAACUACACUAUAAAUCUAGUAGAACCAAAAACUGAUGAAGAUGCAAAUCGAUAUCGUCCGUUUUAUUAUAAAAAUUCAAAAGUCAUAAUUUUAUGCUUUGGAAUUGAAGAUAGACUAUCAUUUGAAAAUAUUUCCAAUAAAUGGAUACCUGAUUUGAAGCAUUUAUCAUGCAAGCCAAUUUCUUUUAUUCUCGUCGCUACGAAAAUUGACCUAAGAGACGAUUCGAAUUCCUCAGAAGCAUUUAUAAAAACAGCAGAAGGUGAAGGUCUUGCAAAGAAAAUUGGUGCAAGAAGAUUCAUUGAAUGCUCGGCAAUGAGCAAUGUAGGAGUCAAAGAUGCGAUUGAAGAGGCUUUGCGUGUUGCCACUGAUAAAACGACGAAUGGAAGUGAUUCAGCAACGAAUGAUGAUGAUUAUGCUGAAAGUGUUCUUAGAAAGAUCGAGAAUGAGCAAAGACUAGCGAAAAAGCGAAAAUUUGCAAAAAUAAGUGAAGGAUUUAGUUUAUUUACAUAUUUUUUCUUUAUUUUGAUAAGAGUUGUGCUAGUCUUUGUUCCUCAAUACGGAUACAUCCAUCCUGAUGAGUUUUUCCAGUCGUCUGAAGUGAUCUCAGGAGAAGUCUUUGAGCUGGAACAUACUAGGACUUGGGAAUUUAACAGUACAAUGCCAAUCAGAAGUUAUGCCAUCCCAUUUAUAUACCUUAAAAUUCCAAUGGUUGUCUUAAAGUUCAUUCUAAUGUUUACAAAAAUGCUUUUCGGCAUUGAUCUGCUUACAUCGUACAUUAUCUUAGUAUUUCCCCGAAUCAUCAUCUGUCUCAUCUCAUUCCUGAAUGACUAUAGCAUUUAUCAAAUUUGUCGAGCUUAUAAUUUGAAAUAUGACAUUAGACUUGUGACAUUCGCCAGUUCAGCUGUUGUGCUUACGUUUGGAAUAAGAACAUUCUCAAAUACAAUCGAGAUGACAUUGUGUUCGCUUCUUUUAUAUUUGGUUAGUGACUGUAUGAUACUCUCUAAUACCGUCAUCUAUCAAAAGGAAUUUCUCGAGGAGAAAUAUGAGAAUGCAAAAAAUAUUGGUGAUCGUGUGAAGUAUUUCAAGAUGAGAAUGUCAUUACCGCAUCAUUCAUACAGUAAAUGUGCCAUGAUAUCAUCAAUAUGCGUUAUCGGCAUCUUCAAUCGUCCAACCUUUAUAUGCUUUGGAUUACCGCUUGUAUUCUUCUGGAUGCUACGCGGUAUGGGAACAUCCAAAACUGUCACAUUUACAGACUUUAAUUUAAGAAUGCUAUUUUUCAUCACAAGCACACUGCCUUCAUUUUUCAUCAUCGUAAUCAUCGACUCGCUUUAUUAUGGCUAUUUAUCUUUAGCACAAAUUUAUAUUAUGGACAUAUCGAUUUACAGCUUUCUUGUUACGCCUGUAAAUUUCAUCAGAUACAACAUAAAUUCAAGCAAUACAGCAGCACAUGGAGAACAUCCCAAAUGGCUUCAUUUUCUAAUUAACAUUCCAUUAUUAUACAAUAUUCUAGGCAUCAUUGCGAUUGUAUCGUUCCUUAAUAUGUUCUAUAAGUUCUGUAGAAAGGAAUAUCAAAAUUUGCCACAAACACAAUCGUUUGUAUUCAUGAUGACAAGCGCAAUAUUCGCACCAAUAUUUAUGCUCUCGUUCUUUAAUCAUCAGGAACCGAGAUUUCUCAUUCCAAUCACAGCGCCUUUAAUUUUAUUACAUUCACCCAAAUUAAUUACAGGCGUGAAUAUAUCCAAUUAUUUAAGAGAAUCUAAUUGGAAUUUGGUGAGAUUUCUUUCAUCUUACGUGAAUGUAUCGGUGCGUGGCAGAGUAAUCCUUAAAAUCUGGUACAUGAUGAACAUUAUAUUCACAAUAUUCUUCGGAUUCAUCCAUCAAGCUGGUGUUGUUCAACUGACCGAUUACAUGUCAAGUUAUUACCAUCAAGAGAAUAUUAAGCAGAUUCAUCUUGUUACUAGUCAUAUUUACAACAUUCCCGAGUCACUUCUUGUCAUACCUAAUUCCAACAUUAUCCUUACAAAUCCCGAGACUGGAAUUAAGUAUAAAAGUUCACGUAGAUUCUUCAUCUAUGAAUAUGGAAGUAUGGACAUUGAGCAAAUGUUCAAACGGAUGAAAAUUGUCCUCGAUGCAGCUGAACUGAAAUUGAGGAUGAGAAAUGUGAAUUAUGAUGUUUUUAUUGCCAUUCCAUCCAGUCAAGCUUAUGAAUUAAAUCAAAUGUUUUACAAGCAUCAAAAAUUGAUUACGUACAAGGAGGAACAAAUAUUCUAUCCGCAUUUAUCUACGGAAGCAUUUCCGAAUUUCUACACGACCAUACAUCCGUGCGAGAUAAAUACAAAUGUCGAUGAACUGGAUGAGACAUGUGGUUUAGAAAAUUAUGAUGACAUUAAGGAUGAGUGGACAAUUCCAGGUGUUUUGAGGAGAGUUUCAUUGACUGCACAUCAAUUUGGACUUGCACUUUAUAAAGUUGAAAUAAGAAGGAAGAAGCAGCAAUUUUCGUAGUAGACGAUGUAUUUAUUUUUUAUUAAUUAUAGAAUGUCUAGUCACACUUUUACCUCUGCUUGUUUUGUUUCUGUUGAUGUUUUUCUUUCUAAUGAUGAUGAAAGCUUCUUUGCUUUUAUUGCUGUUUUUUACCUUUUAAGAAUUAAGAUCAUUCGUAGGUGUUUAAGGUUCAAGAGCGCGUUCUGAUUACAUUUAAAGUUUAAGCGCCUACCAAAUUUUAUAUUUUUAACGGUU